AUGGAGGGUGGAAAUAAGAUUAUAGCAGCUCUUGUACUAGGAAUCUGGUUGAUGGGAUUGGGUUCAAAUGCUCAAUUGAACUCAACAUUCUAUGCAAGCACCUGCCCUAAUGUGUCGAGCAUCGUUAGUGGGGUUAUCCAGACUGCUUUACAAUCCGAUGCUCGAAUAGGUGCCAGCCUCGUUCGCCUUCAUUUCCAUGAUUGCUUUGUUCAAGGUUGUGAUGGGUCAAUUUUGUCGGAUAACAGCGCAAGCAUACAGAGUGAGAAAGAUGCAGCUCCCAACACAAACUCAGCUAGAGGGUUUGAUGUAGUUGACAACAUUAAGACAGCUCUAGAGAAUUCUUGCCCUGGGGUUGUGUCUUGUGCUGAUAUCCUUGCCAUAGCAGCAGAAGCUUCUGUUUCUUUGGCAGGAGGUCCUACAUGGAGUGUUCUAUUAGGGAGAAGGGACAGCACCACUGCAAGCCAAGCCGGAGCCAAUACCUCUAUUCCAUCUCCAUUCGAAACCUUAAGCAAUAUCACGACCAAGUUUACAAACGUUGGCCUCAGCACCACUGAUCUAGUUGCACUAUCUGGUGCUCAUACAUUUGGACGUGCUCAAUGCCGGACUUUCAGCAAUCGCCUGUACAAUUUCAGCGGCACAGGCAGCCCUGAUCCAACGUUAAACUCAACUUACUUGGCUACACUUCAACAAACAUGUCCUCAAAAUGGUAAUGGGUCUAUUGUAACGAAUCUUGAUCUCACAACUGCCGACACCUUUGACAAUAACUACUACUCUAACCUCCAAAACAACAAUGGACUUCUCCAAUCUGAUCAAGAGUUGUUCUCCACAUCUGGAGCUUCCACCAUCUCCAUUGUCAACUCCUUUAGUAGUAGUCAGAGUACCUUCUUUUCAAACUUUGCUCAGUCUAUGAUAAAUAUGGGAAACAUUAGCCCAUUGACAGGGAGCAGUGGAGAGAUUAGAACAGAUUGUAAGAAGGUUAACGGAAGUUAACUUCUAAUUUUAUACUGGUCAUGGUUAGCCAA